ACCAGUGAAAACAUCUGAUUAAUUACGAUUAGAGAUCAUUAAACAUGGCUGCUGUGUGACAGGACGGCCUCAAACUUUCCAUUUAAACAUGCGCAGAUUGGGAAUUUAUUAAUUAUUUGCUUCCAAACCUUCACUCGAUCUUCAGCUGAACCUCAGAGUUAAUAACCUGCGUCUCUUUUACAAAGUUCACAUUUAAAAUUUGAUUUUCUGAAACACAAAACCUUCAGAGGAGGAUGAUUAAAAAAACCCAUAAACAACAAGAAAAAAAAUUGGAGAAUUUCCGUCACCUUUGAAUACUGAAUGAAUGAUGCUCCCUCCUGUGUGGACCACAGUGCGCCCUCUGGCAGGCCAGUUCUGGUCCCAAACCACAUGUAGCUUUUUUUAUUUUUUACUUUUCGGUUUUAUUUUAAUUUUACUCUGUUUCUCUUCUUCAUUCAAACAUUAUUACUCUGCAAUCUAUUCAUCUGCUGUUUGUUUUACAAAUGAUCCCUUUUCACUGAUCUUCGUCAAAUUAUUAACUCAAAUGAAAUUUUUUAAAAUGUGUUUGCAUUAAAUUGAUCGGGCAGCUACACAGCAUCAAUGAUUGUUCCAGCUGUUCCGUGUUGGGAUAAAUGUUUCUGUGUGAAAAAGAAACAAAUCAUGCAGAUUUCUGAUGACAGAACAGAGAAAUAUUUCAUUCACUAACAUCUGUGUGGUGAUGGAAGCAGCGCACAGUACCAGCUGUACUCAGACUAACAUACAAAUACCCUUGUUUCCCUUCUUUUUUUAAAUCUGAGUGCUAAAAUGUUUCUCCACAGUUGAGGUUCACUUCAGUGACGUCACUGCGGUCUUCAAUGAUCUAUUGCAUGACACAAGUUUGCUUUCAGUUUGAAACUCUUAUUAUAAACUUUUUAUGAUUGAAAAACUUUACGUGCAGAAACUGUACGUGAAGUUUGUGUGAGUGAAACUUCACACCGUGGCUGCUGGCGCUCUCCGUCCUCUUCGGCCCUCAGCGGCGCACUGAGACGCUUCUAAUCCUCUUUUGAUGAACUCGGUUAAUCGACUUCCAGCUGCGCAUCUGGCAAAGUUCACUGAGCAGCACACGACCCUGUCCACGCCCCCGAAGCACGCAAGGCCCCCCACUCCAUAAAUUCUCCCAUCAAUGCCGAGAAACGUGAAGGGUCCCGGUGAGGCUCAGCGGCUGUGGCCGUUUGGUGAAGGAGGAGAAGGAAAUAAGAGGAGGAGAGGAGGAAGAAGGAGAGGAAGAAGCAGACAGUAGGACAAAGACACAGAGUAGAGGAGAAAGGGGAGAGCGGAGGAGGAGCAGAGAUGCCUCCACGUAAAAGCCUCUUCGCUCCCUUCGUGUCCGUGGACUCUGAGUGCGGUCCCGGUCCCGCGGUCUCGGCGCUCCACGCGGAUCUCCACGCGCUGCUGCAGCGGAGCCUCGCACAGGACCAUUCCGGGGACUACCGGGACCCCCCGCGCGCCAUCGUGGAGCUCCGGCUCGGUGCCGCCGGGGGCGCGCUGCACUACCUGCCGCCGGACACGAGCGCUCUGGAGCGCGCGCAGAGACGCCGGCGCCUCGCGGCCAAUGCCCGCGAGCGGCGCAGGAUGCUGGGACUGAACGUGGCCUUUGACCGGCUCCGCAGCGUUAUUCCCAACACGGACAGCGACCGGAAGCUGUCCAAGUCCGAGACCCUGCAGAUGGCGCAGAUCUACAUCUCCACCCUCAGCGAGCUGCUGCAGCAGGGCGCGGGCGGAGCACCCAGCCCGGGCACCGACAAAGCGCCGGCGGCCGGGGACCCGCCUCGGCCCGAGAGCCACUUCCACACGGCCAAGAGCAGCGGCGGAGGCCCGGGGUGCCCCGAGGAGGACGUGCAGGGGGGACGUGAAUAUCUGUGAUUCUGUCUUCGGCAGCGUCAGACUUUAAAGGACCAAAACGUGUUUCAUGUGUUCGAGGACUCAAACACCGAGGACGACAGAAAGAAAAACUCUGUGCCAGAGUUACUCAAAGUAUCAAUUUUUAUUAUUUUAAAAUUAUGUACAGGUAACCAAAGACAUCGGUCUGCAAAUUGGUACAAAGAUCAAGUUUUCCUGCAGGCGGCUCGUUAAGAAGCUUUCUGUCCGUCCAAAAACAACAACACAGCUGGGAGAAAAAGGCUUAGAAAAAAGAAAAAAUAGAAUCGGAUUCAGAAAAGUAGAGUCUACGGUCUAAAUUUAAAUUUAACCCCGGCCCACCCGUGACCCUCCCCAAACUGCCCCCUCCACCCCAAACUCCCUCCAUCAUUCCCCUCCUACAUGAGGAGGUCCAAUCUAUUUACAGGAAACUAUGUACAAAAAGCUCUUCCAUUCAUUCUUCCAGACGUCUGUGAAUAAAGCUCUUGUAAACUUUUCAUAAAGGAGUGUGAAGUUUUAAGGUGUGUGUGUGUAUGUGUGUGUGUGUGUGUGUGCGCUGAUGUCCACAGACAAACAAAUACAAAACCACAUGAACAAUGACACAAUCUUUAACUUUAACAGGUCAAUUCAAUGUCAUUUUUUUCCAGCUCUAAAGAUGAAACAGCAGCAGGAGCUCACGGUGCUGAUGACAAAACGCCAGAGCAAAAAGGAACAGAUGAUUUUAAGUGAAAACCUUAAAUGUUAGCUUGCUCAGACGAUGCUCUCUCUCUCUUAAUCUGGACUUUUAAAAAAUCUGUUUUACAGAAAAGAAAUUCAAAGGCGAAUCUUUAGCUUAAAGCAGGAACGAAGGAAAUGAAGCUAGCGUCAACAACUGCAGGUCCUCUAGCAUCCACUUGAGGCUCCAAAAGCGAGUGGGUCCCCACAGACUCGCAUUAAAAUGUGACAAAUUUACAGCAGUAAUUAACACGCGCAGCCUGCUGGAAUUUAAAAACCUGUUUUGGUCUCUAUGGACAGCUUCUGUGUCCUUUACCUCACAGCAGUGACUUUUAGUGUCACAGGUUUGCGUUUCAGUGUUGAUGAGCGACUGUGGGGACCUGAACAUGGCUGCAGACAAAGAGCCAACACUGAAACGAUGGUCACGGCCAUCUUUCUUCUUUUACUUCUUAUUCAGGCUUCCUAGAUAACAAGCUUAUUAGCUGGAGGUUAUUAAAGGGUUAAUAAAGCAACUGAAGGGACACUUCAGUUUGAGGCGCCCAGUGAGAGUUAGACCGUGGCUGCAUGGUUUGAAUGGAGUGGGCGGGGCUUAUCCGAGACAUCUUCCAAUGAAAUUAUUGGAAAAACUGUUUCUGCUGUGUGAAAGACUCACAUAUUCCCCUGGAGUUUCGCUCUUUUGCGAGUCUCCAAACUGAGGAAAACUUAAAUAACUUUUUUUUUAGCUUUUUAACAACAAUGAGGCUGAAAAUCUUUUCAAACUAAAUCAUAUCUAUUUAUUCUAUUAAUAAAGCCUUUAGUUACAACUCAAAUGUGCUUCAAGAGAACGCUGCACUUGAAGGAAAAAGGAACAAAAAUGACUCGUUUAAGGCUCCGGACUUCCCUUUCCCCCAUCAGGGAACAUUUCUGGAACUUCACUGACGGUGCACAGAGGACAGGAAAGGCGGGGGAGGUUAAAGCUACAAGUGCAAUGGCUGACGUGUAAUGAGUUGCUGUUUGUACUGUAAGUGCUGCUGGAGUUUUGACUUCUUCACACGUGUGCCAUCUGAAAAGGCUUCAAAGAUGAAAACCACAGAAGGCCUAACGGAAAAGCACGGGGCCGAUUUCUAUCAUUUACAAAUUCCCAAUCAAAUCUCAGGAUCGCUGAAAUGUACGUUAGAGAGUGAUGCACUCUUGGAAAGUCCAAACACACAGGAUUUGAAGUUAAACUGUGGGUUUGAGGAUCUUGAGCUCCAGCUAAAGUGUUUCCUCCUAAAAACACCUGAGCAGGAGGGACAAAUAAUCGACCUGCUCUGUGAAAACCCCUCUGCUGGCGGCCUGGUUCAAAAGCAAAGUGCCUCGCCUUCACCUCUCAGACUGGGGGGGCUUCCUCGGCCGCCUUUGUGCUGUAAUUGAAGGCUCCACCACGAGCAGCGAGCUCAAACGCCUGGCUGUAAUUGAAAGGAGCAGGAGAAGGACAGGUUCUGGUCCGGAGGGCUCGGGAACCCGCUGAGACACGAAGCUUUUGAUGUCGAGCAAGAGCGCGAUCGAUCGUUUGAAAGGGAAAAACUUUCUGCUUUUUGGAAGCAGAGGUUGUUCAAAGUUUCUAAAGCCCUCAAAAGCUUUGAGAGUCAGGUGUGAAGUCGGCAUAAAGGUGCCGCGCGUCUCUUUCAACGCCACCACGAAACGAGGUGUCAUGCAAAAACAAGCAGUCCCACCUCGACUUCACCGCGGGUCAGGCUUCCCACCCUCCGCCCACAAAUGAUCAAUACGCGUGGUUUCUCAGUGCCAAAGCACCUCCUUCAGACAGAGCCAAGAGGUUACAGCAGCAAAGAGAGGAGAAGAAGAACACAGCGUGAGAGAAAUGAGGCGGCCUGUGAGGAGCUGGGGUCGACGUUUUCAAAGUAAAAGCCAUCUUUUCUUUUCUUUUUUUUCUUUUUAAAAAGCUCAGUUUGUUUGUUUGGCAGUUAUCGGCUCCAAAAGGCCGCGCUCAGGGCCGCUAGGCUUUGAUGGCAGGCUGGGGUGGGGGAAAUGGAAGCUUCACUCCAAUCUGCCAUCGCUCUAUACGAAAGGGGUUUUCACGAGGGAGGGGCUGAGAAGGUGAGGAGACGCUUUGAACAGGAAUUUAUCAGACAAGAAGAAAAACAUCGCUCUGAGCAACUUUUUUUAAACUGAGGAAAAA